CUCUAAGAAAAAAAACAUCACGAUCUAUUAUCAACUCGUUACACUCUCAAUUUCUCUCUUGCCAACCCAGAGAAAGAUAUAAACACCACAAACAAGCACUUUCGGCUAUACGUCACGCGACCUAAAUCAUCCAAACAACCCACCUUUCGUCUCCCCACCAACUACCAACCACAACACCAGCCAAGAUGACUCGCGGAGAAUCUACUCAGGUCAAGGUUCACUACAAGGGAAAGCAGGAGGACUUCAUCGUCUUUGUGGAUGAUGUAGAGACAUACAAGAAGUGGCAGAGCGACAAGAGCAUUCCUCCUGCUCAGUUCGUUUCAACUUUCAAUGUAUUCCUGACACACAAGCAAGGAGCUCAGGGAACCUUUGACACGGCGUCAAAGGUGGAGUUGGCGGCCGAGUUCGACACUGAGAACUCUGACGAGGCGCUUCUGAAGAUUCUCGAGCAGGGUUCCAUGCAGAACAUGGAGAUGCCUGGCCGACAAGGCGUAACGAAUGAGUCUAUGAGCUCGAUGAGAGUAAAAUAGAUGCGGCGCUGGGUUAGGAGCGUCUCACUCAGUUUCCACCCCCUUGUGUUAAUACAGCGGGACUGUGGCAGUGAGAUGGUGGUCUGAGUGGCCUGGAAGAGCAGCAUGGGAUACGGACUAUGGACAUGGGCCUUGAUUGAGCGAUAAGAUGGCCUCGGGCACAAGGGCGCUCCCGCACGAAGCAAUAUGCAGUGAACCGUGCCUGCGUCGUGUUGCUCUUCUUACAUACAGUAGGAAUCUCUAUACUAGGGGAAUAAUCAAGCAUUGCAUUUGAAAGUUACCAUGA